AUGCUGGAAGGAAAUGCGAGCGCUUUCGUCAUCACAAUGGCUAUUGCAGUGAGUGCCGAUGCACGCCCGUUUGAGGUGCGUGUAAGACGGCCGAGGCGCGAAACGGAAUUGGAAUUUGUGGCGUACGUUACAUUCCGUGACUUAUCACUCGCAAGCCGUAUCAGUGACGCUAUUGCUACUUUAAAAACACCUCUCGAAAUGGGCGAUAUCCGUCAUCUGCAUGAUGUCAGUUUUUUUUCCCUUUAA